UUAUUUGUAUCCUCUUUAUUUGCACCAGGGGAACCACAACAACGGAUCAUUUGUUGACUGUAAAGUUAACUAAGCCUUAUUUUAGUUUUGAGUAAGGCGGUCGCGACAAAUAAACCACAACAAUGGCUCAAAAAAAUGUGACGAAUUGUGAUGGCGCGCGCAAAGCAGGUGGUUCAGGCGCCAUCAACUUAUUUGGAAUAUCGAAGAUUUCGUUGCAAAGGACUGAAUUGCUUCAGAUGACUGGAAGCGCUGUCAGUCGUGAGUGAGGACCAAUCCAUUUUCGAGCCAGCCUUCAGCGCCCCCCAGGCCAUGCACAUGAAGGGGGAGAUAACCACGACGACGGCGACACCGGCCGGUUUCCGCCAGAGUUCCGAGGAGAGCCCCGAACCCACUGAACCCGAGUGGGCGUCGCCUGGGCCUCAGAACCCCGGGAAACGAGUGGAGCAUGUCAACGGAACCAGCCGUGAAUCCCCGGUGGACUGCAGCGUCACGAAGAGGACCCGGCACAUGAGCAACAAUGACGGGGGCCAGUUGGCGUACCAGGCCUCGUACCCGGAGCCGCGCAGCAGCCCCCAGACCACCACGCCCCCUAGCAGCACCACAGAGGAAAAGAGGGUCAUCGUACCGGCAGACCCAGAGGUGUGGACACAGGAGCACGUACGGCAGUGGUUAGACUGGGCCAUCAAAGAGUAUGGACUGCUGGAGGUGGACAUAUCUCUUUUCCAGACGUUGGAUGGCAAGGCACUCUGCAAACUGUCCAAGGAGGACAUGAUGCGGCUCACUUCAGAAUACAAUACCGACAUUCUGCUGUCACAUCUCAAUUACCUCAGACAGAGCAGUCCCACCUUUUCUUACCCCACAACACCAACCAACACACCACAGCAGCCCCGACUACAAGUCAAAGCAGAAAACAGCUUUGAAGAAAUCAGCAGAAGGAACAGCUGGUCAUCAACCGUCAUGCCUGUAGUUCCAAAGGUGGGUUCACCGAUAGAGCCUCAGCACACAACCAGAGUCACAGAGCCUUCCCCAAGAAUUGGUCAAGAUCCAUAUCAACUAUUAGGUCCCAUCAGCAGUCGACUAGCCAAUCCAGAAACCCCACAGACCUAUAGCAAGAGCCAAACAGCCAAAGUCAGUUCACAAAGAGUGAUCAGCAUUGGCCCUCACAAGAUCGUGGGCUCUGGUCAGAUCCAGCUGUGGCAGUUUCUGCUGGAGCUCCUGUCCGACCAGAAUAACGCUACCAUCAUCACCUGGGAGGGCAACAACGGCGAGUUCAAGAUGACGGACCCGGACGAGGUGGCCAAGCGCUGGGGCGAGCGCAAGAGCAAGCCCAACAUGAACUACGACAAGCUGAGUCGCGCGCUGCGCUACUACUACGACAAGAACAUCAUGACCAAGGUGCACGGCAAGCGCUACGCAUACAAGUUCGACUUCCAGGGCAUCCACCAGGCCCACCAGAACCACACCACCGAGGGCAACAUGCUCAAGUACCAGGGAGAGGUGCCCCCCUACCCGUCCUACCACAGCCACCAGCCCAAAAUGAACUUCAUGAGCUCGCACGCGCCCCCCAUGCCUGUGUCGUCGGGGAACUUUUUUCCGGGGACCUCCGCCUACUGGAACUCGGCCGCUGGGGGGAUGUACCCCAGCACCGCCAUGCCCCGACACCCAGGCAGCCACGGCCACCUGGCCACCUACUACUGAAGCCCACCUGACAACUCAUCUGUGCCACCAAUUUACCUGUCUGCUCAUACUGAUACCAGAAGUGAAAGUUAUAUUCUACAUAGCUGUCAUUCCCAAAGCAUUACAGCAGUUUGUUAUUGUUGAAUUUCAGCUUUCCAAGUUUAUUAUCAAUAUAAGUUGUAUGAAAAGUGUAUAUCAAAAAACUAAUGUUUUCAACGUAAAUUUGUAAAUAUAUUUUUUUUGUUAUUAUAUUGUGCAAUUAUGAAUAUCUCAAAGCGUAGAUUGUAAUAUGGUUGGUUUUUUUUACCUUGGUUUUGUUGAAUAAGAAGUGUUUUGAUAUUGCAACAAAUGUUGCAUAUCUCUAUGUUCACAGCAAAGAACAAGGUAAAAUACUGUCUUCAUCCAUUCUGUCAUCUUAAGGUCUGUAAAAAAUGUGUGUUGUAUUUUUAAAGGGCUGUGUUUGGAAUGUUUAUACUGUUUCACACUUCAUUUAUAUCUUUUGUAGACUUAAAACAUGUAACACAAAUAUAUCCUAUUCAAAAUAGCAAUCAAAUAUGUAACUAUUAUUAUCCACUAUAACACACAUCAGUAUUAGUCUCUGAGGGCUCAUUGAGCAAUAUUGGAGAGCUGUAAUGACCAAGUGUUUGGAAGCGUUAUUUGUUAAUGGUGUUAGCGACCAUUGACACGACCAUGGGACUCGAAAUAAACAGCACUGGCUGGAAUGAUAAAGAAAGAGAAGCCACUUUCUCUAUUUAUGGUUCACGAAACAAUAUAACAGCACAUCACUGAGGACUGUUUGUAAGAUGAAUAAUGUUUUUGUAGAUGCGUUUUUAAGACAUAAUUUGUAUGUUUCCCUUAAAUAAACUAUAUCUUCCAGCGGG